AUGCACAAUGGAUACUUGGAUAAGUACAUUUUCACGCGAGAAGAGGAGAAUUCUCUUGUUUACAAGGAAGUGUAUAAGAUUGCUUUCGGAGUUGCUAGAGGGAUUGAGUAUCUUCAUCAAGGAUGCGAUAUACAACUUCUACAUUUUGAUGUUGAGCCUCACAACAUUCUUAUUGACAGGGAUAUCAUCCCAAAAGUUUCCGACUCUGGGGUCACUAGAUUGAAUCUAAUGGACUACAACACCAUGACUAUGAGUGCUGCAAGAGGAACCUUGGGAUACAUGGCUCCAGAGUUGGUCUUCAAGAACCUUGGGGGCAUUUCUUCCAAAGCUUAUAUCUAUACUUUCGGCAAAUUGCUAAUGGAAAUGGCUAAUGAGAGGAAGAAUUGGGACACAGUUGCAAAGUGUUCGAGUCAAAUUUACUUUCCAUUAUUGGUGCAUGACCAACUUAGUGAAAGAAUGGACGUUGUGAUGGAAGAAGCAAGUGAGGAGAAUAAGAGAAUAAUAAAGAAGUCCCGAUUGGAGGUGAAGACGAAGAAGACGACGGCGAAGAAGGCGAUGGGCGGCGGAGGUGAAUCGGAGGCGACGCGGUGCGGCACGUGCGUGGUGGGGACGCCGGUGGAGCCCCGGGCGCACCCCGCGAACCAGCACGCCGCAACGUGGGUCGCCGGCGAGGCUCGCGGCGGUCCCACCACCUUCACUCCAGCUACAUGCGCGGCACUCCGAGCGGCUCGGCCUACGGCUACGCCCACCCCAACCAGAGCGGCGGCGGCGGCGGCGGCGAGAACCCGUACGUCCACGUCGCUCCGCUGA